ACGCAGAAAACUUCAGUAGUCGAUUUUAUCAGUGUUUCAAACACAAAGCGGCAAAUCGCGUGCAUAAGCGUUUGCAACUGAAAUCUUUUUUUUAACUCUUCCAGUUCCUGAUGCUGUCUAGAGCCUUUUUUCAUCAUGAAAAAUGCAUGCACAGCUUUUUCAAGGUACUCAGAUGGACAAAACACUGAAAACAGGAUGUUCCUACCAAGCUUGUCACACAUUGUAAUGACCAAUUCACACCUCAGACCUCUCCCACCCUUGGAAACAAAAGAUAUGUUAAUGACCAUUCAUACCUCCAACAUCUCAUGA